UGUUUGGCAACACUUGUAUUUCCCUAUUAAACUUUAGACGUGUGGCAACGGUUAGGGCUCAUGGUAUUUUUCUUUUCGUAGCGUGUUUUGUGUUAGUUGGCAAAAUGGGUAUUUCGCGUGAUCAUUGGCACAAAAGAAGAAAAACUGGAGGAAAGCGAAAACCCAUCAGAAAGAAAAGGAAGUUCGAGCUUGGGCGACCUGCCGCUAAUACUAAAAUUGGCCCUCAAAGAAUCCACACUGUUAGAACCAGAGGCGGCAAUAAAAAAUAUAGAGCAUUAAGGCUUGAUCAUGGAAAUUUUUCAUGGGCAUCUGAACAAUGUACUCGCAGAACGCGUAUUGUUGACACAGUAUACAAUGCCAGCAACAAUGAAUUAGUGCGUACAAAAACAUUGGUAAAGAAUGGAAUUGUUCUGAUUGAUGCUACACCUUUCCGUCAGUGGUAUGAAGCCCAUUAUGCCCUGCCUUUAGGAAGGAAAAAAGGAGCCAAGCUUACUGAGCAGGAAGAAGCUAUUUUAAACAAGAAGCGUAGCAAGAAAACUGAGAAAAAAUAUAAAGAGAGGCAAAAAUUAGCUAAAGUAGAUCCUAUGUUAGAAGAUCAAUUUAUGUCUGGACGAAUUUUAGCAUGUAUAUCAUCUAGACCUGGACAGUGUGGGCGAUGUGAUGGUUAUAUUUUAGAAGGCAAAGAGUUGGAAUUUUAUCAGAGGAAAAUAAAAGCAAAGAAAGGGAAAUAAACUUGCUAAAGUUAUGUAAACAGAAUAAAAAGAAAAAACUAAA